AUGGAAUUACGGAAGUGUUUGUUACCGCUGUUGGUCCUCGUGUGUCUGGCCGAGGCCCAGCAGGCCCAGCCGAUCGAAGGUGAUUCUGCUGCGGGAGGCCUCCUCGAUCGGGGCUACCGCGCGGCCUUCCGCGUCUACGAGGACUGCCAGCAGCGCAACGUCGGCGUCUCCGCCUGCCUCAAGAAGAAGGCCAUCACGUUCUUCGAUCGGCUGGGUCGCAUCGACUCGCUGCCCAUCUCCGAGAAUCUGGAGCUGGUCAAGGCGCCGGGCGCCGAGCCCUACGAGCCGGCGGCGCGCAACUUGAGCGACGUCGAGGCCACCCUCGGACGCACCUCGGGCGCCUCGAGGGACGAGGCACUCAACGACAUACUGCUGGAUCGCGUCUCGGCGCUGAUGAACGGCUUCAACGUGCAGAUCAGGCUGCCCAAGACGUCGCCCGUCGAGCUGAAGAGAUCGAUCGAGGAGGGCCGCGGCAAAAUGAAGAAGAUGAUGGGCAUGAUGAUGAUGGGCAUGGCCAUGAAGAUGGCCGCCAUGAUACCGAUCGCCAUGGGCGUGCUGUUCCUGCUGGCCGGCAAAGCCCUCAUCAUCAGCAAGAUCGCCCUGGUGCUGUCCAUGAUCAUCGGCCUGAAGAAGCUGCUGCAGCAGAAGCAGGGCGGCGACAGCCACGGCUGGCAAUCCGGCGGCGGUGGCGGCGGCGGCGGCGGCUGGGACCGAAGCUUGAAGGACGUCGAGCACGCGCACAACCUCGCCUACGCCGCAUCCAAAUAG